CACCCUCGAGUCCUAACUUAUCUCAGUGAAAAAGGAAGCUCACUCCAACCCUACCCUCCACUUGCUGCAAGCACUCACUCCAGUCAAGGUUUUGGGGUGUUUCCAAGACAUGGAUAUGGAUAGCAACUACACUGUAGAUUACAUGACAUACCCUGAUGAUGAGACAUUCUGCGACCGAGAAGACAACAAUGCCUUUGGUGCGCAGCUGUCCAUCUUCUUCUACUUGAUCUUUGUCCUGAGCCUGCUGGGCAACAGCCUGGUCCUAGUGAUCCUCUACAAGUUUGAGAAGAUGAACACAGUAACCAACAUCAUCCUGGUCAACCUGGUGGCGUCCGGCCUGCUGUUCAUGUUCAGCCUGCCCUUCCUGGGCGUCUACCACCAGCUCUCCACCUGGGUGUUCGGCAGGAGCAUGUGCAAGCUGGUGUGCAGCACCUACAACCUGGGCUUCUACAGCUCCAUCCUGUUCCUCACCCUCAUGACCUUUGACCGCUACCUGGCCGUGGUCCACGCUCUGGAGGCCCACCGCUUCAGGAGGCGGGGCUACGCCAUUGCGGCGUGUGUGGGGGUGUGGCUUAUCAGCAUCCUGUCCUGCUCCAAGGACCUUCUGGUCAACGACUUGAGGCCCUAUCGAGGCGACGAGAGCAUGCUGUGCAUGAAGCUGGACUGGUCGACUUGGUUAAACUUGGAGCUCCUUGACCAAUGGGAGCUCUACAUCCAACUGGUGGUGUUCUUCCUCUUCCCGCUGGUGGUGAUUGUUUCCUGCUACACCAGGAUCAUCAUGACGGUCAUCUCCUCCAGGGUGGUGAGCAAGUUCCGCACAGUCAGGCUCAUCUUCGUCAUCGUGCUGUUCUUCUUCAUCUGCUGGGCCCCCUACAACGUCGUCUUUCUCCUCGACUCCUUCAAGAACAAGUCCUGCGAGCAGACCAACCGCCUCGGCUACACCCUCCACCUGACCAGGCACCUCACCUACCUGUACUUCUGCAUCAGCCCCAUGUUCUACACCUUCGUAGGCAGGAAGUUCCAGAACCACUUCCGCUUGCUGCUGGUGACCUCCAUGCCGUGGCUGAGGGAACACAUCAGGGUCAGCCAGAGUAGUAAGAGCAGCAAGAUACGGAAAAUAGAAGGGGGAGAGUUAGGUACUGACAGGACGAACGACUCUUAAGUUGUACAGUGUCUCGCGGUGUAAUUGGUGUUCAGGAAGGGCACGUACAGCACAACUUCAAUUAUGCCCCCCAAAGCCUCAAAACGAAAAGCCUGAUAUUUUACAACACGAUGAUGUAGUUGCCAGGGGUUAAGGCGAGGAUAUAUGUUGCCAAAUGUUUUUGACCUGACCAAUCCUGUCACAUAUUUAUGAUUUUACAGGAAGUGGGUAUCAGGGCUUGAUUGGAAGAAGCAGAAGGAUAGGGUUUGUGUUCUGAAGCCUUGGAAAACACAUCAAUACAGCCAGGUACUGUACUGUGGAAUGUAGAUUGAGAAAUAUUGUGUAUUUCUGUAUGCAUAUAGUAAAAAAGGUGAAUCACAAGUGUUCUCUUAAAUG